UACCGAGGGGGCUCAAAGCCGAGCGCACCCUGGGCUGCGGCGGGGACGGACAGCGCGGUCCGACUUGUUCCUGGAAAUGAGACGAUAAAAUAUUUGGUUAUCUCAGAGAUGGCUCAGGAAGAACCCACUGUAGCUGCUUUGAAAGAUAAUCUGUCAGCAGAGAGCCUCUUUAGCAAAAUGUUCUUGUGGGCGUGUGGUGGUUUUAACAUAAUGUGCUUAGAGCCUGAAAUUCUGUUUCUCAGAAGGCUGGGAAUUAGUCAGGAAAGGGAGGAGAGCAGGAUGCUUCCAGGGAUAAAGCUCAUCAUCCUGCCCCUGUCUCUUGCAGUACAGGACACUCACAGCCUGUAGGUUCAUUCCUUAUAGUACUUGAAAACCCUCCCUGAAGAUCAUUUGGAAGACGAGAAGGGCUGAAUGUGGCAUUUGCACUGUCUCAAAGAAGAGUGUGUCGGUUCACUGGUGUGAUAAGCUUUAGGUUAUGUUUGUCUAUGGAAUAGAUUGUUAGCCCUGCCUGCCAUUGGUGGGGGAAGGAUGCAGUAUUGUCCAUCUUAAUCCUUCAUAACCUCAAAAGUAGUUUGAGGCCAUUCAAGUCUUUCCUGGUGUGCAAAAGUGAGUAUACAUCUGAGGAGAGAAAAUAAAAUGGAAUUGUUCUUUUUACUUAAGGCUUGCAGCAAAAAGGACGGCUCAGUGUCCCCCAGGCCCCUGCCUCUGGGCCCGGCACUCCCGGCGGGAUGGAGAGCCUGGGGCUGCCAGCAGUGACCCUCAGGGAUGGCACCACGGCCUACCUGCAGCAGGCUGCCAGAGGUAACGGAGCCUGGGGCUGCCAGGGCUCAAAGUCUUUUUCUGGAAUUAAAGUCACACUUGCCAAAAAGUCUGUGGCUUUGGAAGACGGUCAGCCAGUGGUGCUGGAAGAUGGCAGCAUGGCUUACAUACACAGCACAGCUAAAGGUGGUUAUGGUCCUGGCACCUUCCAGACCAUGCAGGUGGAGGAUGGCUCCGCUGCCUAUGUCCACCAUCCUGUCAUUGUGACACCUGGCAGCACCCUCCUGGAAGUGCAGACAGAAACUGGGCUUGAGGAGUUAGCUAGGGAGGAGGAAGAUGAUGCCUUUGACGUGGAGACCAUGAAUGCAUUACAGCAGCGGAGUAAGGGGUCUGACAAGGAAGAGGAGGGAGUGACAGGCACGUGCCAUAUGAAGAGUAUGGAUUCCAGCAACGUCCCUUCUCAGGAUUUGCAGGAGGAGGAGGAGGUGCUCAGCCACAGGAAGGGGCAGCAGGUCAGCAGCAGAGCUUUCCGCUGUGGGUACAAAGGCUGUGGCCGCCUCUACACCACCGCCCACCACCGCAAGGUACAUGAACGUGCUCACACAGGUGACCGGCCGUAUACAUGUGACUUCCCAAGUUGUGGGAAAGCAUUUGCUACAGGGUAUGGGCUGAAGAGCCACGUGAGAACACACACUGGUGAGAAACCAUACAAGUGUCCAGAAGAUAUGUGUAGCAAAGCCUUCAAAACCUCUGGGGAUCUACAGAAACACAUCCGCACACACACAGGUGAGCGUCCCUUCAAGUGCCCCUUCGUGGGCUGUGGCCGCUCCUUUACCACCUCCAACAUCCGCAAGGUUCACAUCCGGACGCACACGGGUGAGCGGCCGUACGUGUGUCCAGAGCCCGGCUGCGGGAGGGGCUUCACCAGUGCCACCAACUACAAGAACCACAUGAGAAUCCACACAGGAGAGAAGCCAUACCUGUGCACUGUGCCAGGCUGUGGGAAGCGCUUCACGGAGUACUCCAGCCUCUACAAGCACCACGUGGUGCACACUCACUGCAAACCCUACACCUGCAGCAGCUGUGGGAAGAUGUACCGCCAGACCUCCACGCUGGCCAUGCACAAGCGCAGCAGCCACGGCGAGCUGGAGGCCACGGAGGAGAGCGAGCAGGCCCUCUAUGAGCAGCAGCAGCAGCUGGAGGGUGCAGCUGCUGACAGAGGCUGCCCACUGAAGAGCCAGCAUGUUGCUUUCCUGUCGGAGAUGGAAGAAGAUGAAGAGGAAGAUGUUGUGCCUACACAGGUCUCACUUAUCUCGCAGGAUGGAACGGAGCAGGUCAGUCUGUCACAGGAAGAGCUGCAGGCCCUGGGCAGUGCCAUCGGUGUGGUGACACAGAGCAGGGCCCUUGCCGUACAAGGGGAGCUGGCGGGUGACAACACUCGCACGGUGACUGUGGCCAACACUGACCGCACUGAGAUGCAGGGGGUGACCAUAAUUGCUUCUGGGGCAGUCGUGCCAGAGGAAUCCGCCAUUGCCCCACUCUGUCAUCAGCAGGUGGCAUUGCUGGCCACUGCCCAUGGCACCCACAUCACUGUGCAGCUGGAAGAACAGCAGAGCCUGGAGGAAGGCAUCAGCAUGGCUGCAGCUGUAAUCCACUGUGGACCGGUGACACCUGACACAGCCCUAUCUGAGAAAGAGAGCUGAGGCCAGCAGAGCUGCUGGGGCAGGGGGAGAGGCAGCCCUGGCCUGUCGUAGUCAAGACCGGU